GUUCACCGUCAUGAGAGAGGGCUGAGUUUAGUCGAGCGCUCCGGCGAAAACAAGACUCGGUCUUAAGAUGGACGCUGAAGUGGGCCUAGAGAGUGGACUCAGCCAGAGAGAGAAUAAAAGGUCCCUCAAAGACUCAAUGAUGGACGAGGAGGAGCUGGAGAGGCUCUACAAGGAACCAAAAGGCUUGCUUAACAAGCAACACUCUGGCAACAGCGGAGCUGAGCCUGCACUCUAUGGAGCAGAGUCCUCCAGCUUCCUCCCUGCUUCUCCUGUCUGUGUGCCACAAGCUAGAUGGGAAAUAAGAACAGGAGGAGAGGACUUCCAAGACAAGUUGCUGCAUUUGUGUUGUACAGCAGAGGGCAGCAUUGAUCAGGCAAGUCCAAGCUCCAUGUUGGAGUACUUGGUGUAUCUAGAUAACCAGCACAACAUGGCAGACUGUCCCAUUACCACGGCUAUCACCCCUCCUGCCACUCCAGUGAGCCACAGGCCAUGUCCGUUCAUACCUGUUCCUAGUUCAGUGAUACCUUCUACAUUGAGCUCUGUAGUUCAUCCCAUGGUAUCCAGCCCCAUGACUGACACCUGUACUCCCAUUAGUUCUUUGUGCUGUGUCACCGCUUCAGACAGGGACACUCUCAGAUCAACAUCCAGGGGUCCUGGCUGCUCGAAACCGGAUCCUGUCAGUGCUGCAGCUCACCUGCACCUGUUGGGGGAAUCAUUGUCCUUGAUUGGACACCAUCUUCAGGAGACUAAUAAAAUGGUGAGUGUGUCGAGUAGCUUGUCUCUACUCUUGGAUUCUCUGCUGUGUGCCCUGGCUCCUCUGAUCUGCCUCACCACAGAGAUACCAGAGCUGCAGAGCGACACACAACACACACUGGCCUCCACACUGGAAAACAUUGCCUAUGUGAUGCCCGGGAUGUGAGUGAUCAUGGCAGCUCUGCUAGCAGCUAGGAUGUUCAAAAAUGCUGAAAGACAUUGUAGGUUAGUUUACAGUUGAAAAAUAAGUAUAUUAGUUAUUUUGUUCGAAAAACAAUAUUUGCACUAUAAAGAUGUUUUAGUUUUGUCAUAAAUAUGCAAGUUUACCUUAUUUUGUUAAUUCUUUUUAUUGUUUUGGUAAUUCAUUUCAAAGAUUGGUGUGAAGGUUGAAUUUUGUAAUUUUCUUUUACUGACAAGACCUUCUGUCAGUGUCCCUGGACACAUUAAAAGUGUCAAAUUAUAUUUUUACUGCUUCACAGUGUCAUUGAUCAGGCAUCACAUAGAUUAUUAUGAAACAUGAUGAAACUUUAAUUGCUCUAAAAAUCAAUAUAUUCAACAUCUGUAAAUGUAUUUCUUGAUAAUUAAAGUUGUCAAAAUAAUGCAUUAAUUUCUACUAAUUAUAGAAAAAAAAGCAGAUUAAUGGUGCUCUAUGAUGCCCCUUGAUCCUGUUCGUCACUGAUCAUACAACUGUCCACAGCUUGCAAACUUGAUGGAAGCAGAAGGCUGUUCGGCCCAGUGAAUGGAAAAUCAAUUGCCGAAAGGAAUUUUUGUACCAUUGGAGAACCUCGAGCCUGAAAUAUCACGUCAGCGCAAAAACAUUUUAUUAUUAUCCCUGAUGGAGAACAUGCCCCAUGCCAUGCAGGACACUAAUGACACAGACCCAACCCUUUAUGAGACUUGCACCAUGUCCUGAGUCUAUUCAUUCCAAUGGAAAAAGUGAAUGUUCGAUUAUGACCGAUUCUUUUGCCCCAUAGUCACUGAAGUAAAUAUUGGAGCAUUUUUCACAGGCCACAUAUCAUCUGAACAUUGUGACAUUAAAAUGGCAUUUUUUAGACCGACAAAUGAGUAGAAACUAAACUUCGUUUGACACCUGUCUCUGUCUCAGCAACACAUUCUUGCAAGAUCUGGACAUUUGGAGCUAGCGUAAUAAGCUAGCAGGUAAAAACGAGCGGCGACAAAAAGCACAAACAUUAAAUUUGUACUGUAUCUAGCGUUGUAUUGUUUUGACAGGGACGAGCAAUAGUCCAUUAGUAAUGUAUUAGUACGAGAAAUGGCCGGUGGGGAUCAGGGUGAGUGGCGACUUGUGCACACUUUGGAGACAAGAAGUGAAUACCAUUUCAUACCACUGGUGCAGCUUGUAAUGGUUAAUAAUGUGAAUCAACUGUCGAGCAUCAUGUCAAACGUUUCUCAUGAUUUUGUGAUGUUGUUUCUUUUUUAUCUUUAGCAAGUACUAAUUUGUGAAUGCCCGUCUGUAUGACCUACAGUAGUCCUCUUUGAUUUACUUUACAUUGUAAACUUGUUGGUCUCGUGCCCUCAUUCCUGACUGGGGAUGACAACUGCAACAUAUCAAAACAUUUACAGGCAUAUUUUCCCAGUUAUCGACCUUAAAGACUAAACCCUGAAGCUCAUCCACGAGUUUUGACACU